GUGAACCUUUAAAUGUUGGCUGUUUUAUUUGAUUUGUAUUUAUUUUCCUUUCACACACACUCUCAGCCAUAUGUUUACAAGUGUUACCAGGUAGUGCACAGUAUCAGGGUAGGUAAGAUGAUAGCCCGGGUGCAAAUCUCGACAUAACACCAGGUCGGUGGGAUAUGAACCUUUUGGAUGGCAGAGUCCGUUUGUCUCCUGGAGGGAUAAUCCCGGUUGCACCCCGGUAAUGCCACACGGGCUAGCCAGCACUUUACGACAGAUAUCUGGCCAACAGUAAAGCCUUUACGUUCCCCUCCCCACCCCCCCGGCCACGGUACUCGUUCAACGGGCUGAGUCGUCGGUGGGUCUUCGGUGAGUGCCCCGCCCCUCCGUGCGCCCCACAGGCAGGCAGGCAGCACACCCACCGCACCGAGUAGCCCAGCCGUUGGUAACGGAGAAGAUGGCAGAGCGGCAACAACAGAAACACGAAGGCAGGGUAAAGAUCGGCCAUUACAUCCUCGGCGACACGCUCGGAGUGGGAACCUUCGGAAAAGUGAAGAUUGGUGAGCAUCAGUUAACAGGCCAUAAAGUGGCUGUGAAGAUCCUAAACAGGCAGAAGAUCCGCAGCCUCGAUGUCGUCGGGAAGAUCAAACGCGAGAUCCAGAAUCUCAAACUGUUCAGACACCCACACAUCAUCAAGCUGUACCAGGUGAUAAGCACACCAACAGAUUUCUUCAUGGUCAUGGAGUACGUGUCUGGAGGUGAGCUGUUUGACUACAUCUGCAAACAUGGACGGGUGGAGGACACGGAAGCUCGCCGUCUUUUCCAGCAGAUCAUCUCAGCUGUAGACUACUGCCACAGGCACAUGGUGGUCCACAGAGACCUCAAGCCUGAGAAUGUCUUGCUGGAUGCUAGCAAGAACGCCAAGAUAGCAGACUUCGGUCUGUCAAACAUGAUGUCAGAUGGGGAGUUUCUGCGGACAAGCUGUGGCUCACCCAACUACGCUGCUCCUGAGGUCAUCUCAGGAAGGCUCUAUGCAGGCCCAGAAGUGGACAUCUGGAGCUGUGGGGUGAUCUUGUACGCCCUGCUGUGUGGCACUCUGCCCUUUGAUGACGAACACGUCCCCACGCUGUUUAAGAAGAUCAGAGGGGGCGUCUUCUACAUCCCAGAGUACCUGACUCGCUCUGUGGCCUCGCUGCUCAUGCUCAUGCUGCAGGUGGACCCUCUGAAGAGAGCCACCAUCAAAGACAUCAGGGAACACGAGUGGUUUAAGCAGGACCUGCCAGGCUACCUGUUCCCCGAGGACCCCUCAUAUGACGCUACAGUCCUGGAUGAGGAGGCUGUCAGGGAAGUGUGUGAGAAGUUUGAAUGCACCGAGUCCGAGGUUGUUACCAGCCUUUACAGUGGGGAUCCACAGGAUCAGCUAGCAGUAGCCUACCACCUUAUAAUAGAUAACAGGCGCAUCAUGACCCAGGCCAGCGAAUUCUACUUGGCCUCCAGCCCUCCCCAGGGAUCCUUCAUAGAAGAAGGCAUGCCGUUGCCCCCUGGCGUCAAACCCCACCCAGAGAGGAUGCCUCCGCUCCUGGCCGACAGCCCCAAGUCCCGUUGUCCUCUUGAUGCUCUCAACACCACCCGGCCCAAACCCUUGGCAGUGAAGAAGGCCAAGUGGCACCUCGGUAUCAGGAGUCAGAGCAGACCUUAUGAUAUCAUGGCUGAAGUGUACAGAGCUAUGAGACAACUCAGCUUUGACUGGAAGGUGGUGAACCCAUACCACCUGCGAGUGCGGAGGAAGAAUCCGGUUACAGGAAACCUGGUGAAGAUGAGCCUGCAGCUGUACCAGGUGGACAGCAGAUCCUACCUGCUGGACUUCAAGAGCAUCGAUGAUGACAUCAUCGAGGCGGUGGGUUUUAAGUCAGGUUCGUCCACGCCUCAGAGGUCGGGCUCCACAGCCGGUCUCCACAGACCCAGACUGAGCAUCGACUCUGCGAGCCCAGCCAUCGACCUGCCCCAGUUAAGCUCCUCUCUCCCGGGGUCCCUGUCGGGUAGCUCCCCCCAGCUCACCCCACGUCAGGGAUCACACACCAUGGACUUCUUUGAAAUGUGUGCCAGUCUGAUCACCACACUAGCUCGCUGAGGACUCCCAACCCUCGUUGUCACCUGGAUGUCAACUGGGUUUUUAAGCCAUCUGCUGUGAGGAGUGAAGAUGUUCAGAGUGACUUCCCCUUUAUGUCUCCUCUUUAUUUAGCUCUGUUCCAGUUGUAUUGCACUGGAAGGGUGAAUGGAAAUGUGAAAAGCAAUGCCUGUCACCUCAGAUUACCGAGACAUAGAGAGGAAGCAUUUUUUUUAGAAAGGCAGAUUAAUAGCUUCUUUUUUCUUAUUUUGACAUAGUCCUCGAGUCAGAGUCGUGGCGUUUAAACAUCAGGGCUUCAGCUUGUGAAAACUGAUCCCGGGACUGGAAUCUGUGGACUACUGGAAGCCAGGAAAGGUCAAGUUCACCGUCACUCCUCCCACAAAUACCUUCAAUCUAUUAUCAACUGCUGAAAUGUCAUCGCCCACGACAACACGAAAUGGCGGGAUAUCCUGCUGCAUUUUCCCCAGACACUGAUAGGAGGUCCAUUUAUAUUUCUUAAAAGUUUUUUUUGUUGUUUAGAUUGAAGUUAAAUCUGUGUCUGAGGGAACGUUGACACAUGUCAGAUUUGAUUUCAGGUUUUAUAUAAUAUGGUUUGUAAAGAAAAAGCUUUUGUUAUUCAUGUAUAUUAUAUUUAUAUUACAAUCAUAUUACGUAGCUGAAAAGGUUGACAAAGGUAUACCAAAUAACAGAUUUAUACACCACAAAGAUGAUUAUUAUUUAGAUAUCAGAUCCAUAUUUAUUUUUGAGGGAUUGUUUUUUAGACACUGUAGUUCUAUUUUAUUUGAGCACUGCAUCGACGUAGAGUUUUAUCACGAUUUUGAAUAGAGUGUAGAAUAUUAAUGAGCCUAGAGAGACGGCGGGAUAGUAAGACGAUUAUACUCUGCAUGGAUAGUGUUGAAGCACAGAUACACACCGUCUCACACGAGUUUUCACACAUUUCCUAACAGCGGUGGACAAAUGUCAAAUAUACCAAACAUAUCUCUGCUGUUUUAUUCCCCACGCAACCAUCAUUUUAUGCAUUCAGUAACUACAAAAAUAUGCAGCUCGCACAGACUGCUUUACACUUGGGUUGAGUUACUGUUAAUAUGCUGUUCAGCCAUGCAUGCACAGAGCCUAAUUUAAAAAAAGAAAGCAGGCCAGUGAAAAAAGACCACGUGCUGUUUGUAGAGGAGCGUGUGGGCCACGAUUAACUAUUUCCAUUUUUUGCCUUAAGCCCUCACAUGUGGAAAAAAUGGCAAAAAAAAAACUCAGAAAAAGGUGCCUAAACCCUAAUGUGACAUCUUGAAUUAGAUGUUCUAUGACCAGCCAUAAACAGCUUUAAUAUUUACAAUUAAAUCAAAAUUGUUACUUGUCGACGUAUUAGCAGCAUUAACCUCCGUGUCCAUCCCGUGUGUGUAGAGUAGAACAGAGGAGUAAAGAGGAAGAUGUGAGGCGGUGUGUGUCUGCUGCAGGACAGUAUUAGCUGCAGAAACCUUUCUCCAGUUGCCUUAAAGAAUGCGUCACAGUAAUUCUGUGCACGUGUUGAUUGAGAAGCGUGUGUGCAUGAGCCAGUGUGUGUAACGGAGAUCAGAUGGGGUAGAGUCCGUCUCAUGAUCGUCAUGUCAUGUUCUUUCUGACGGGAGGAUCUUUGCAGUGCGUCGUGAGAUUGGGAGAGACGAUGUUAAAACACAAUGCUGUGGUGUGUCAUUGGUUUUGUCUGUUUGUGUAGCUGUCGUUGUUCUCUUCAGUCAUCACUUUAAAACGGUCUGCAGAUUUACUGUUUCAUUGCAUCACAGUCGUUUUGUAGAUACACAAAACUCUACCUGUUUGUUUCUGGUCCAACGUUUGGAAGAACGUGUUGCUUCUUUUAUAAAUGUUCUACAUUGUCUCGUCAAAUGAUACUGGAGCUGGGUUGUGUAGCGCUGCUGACAGACAUUAUUUUGUCUGAAUCUUUUCUGACUGAAUGUAAAGUGGAAGCUGCUGCUGCUGCUCAGAUGAAUCCUCCCAUCUGUCAGUCUCUCUCUGGGUUGGUUUUAAUGGAGAGCACUGAACAGUUGCCUUUCAUUUCUCCGUAAAACACAGUGACUGGAGGGAUGGUAUGUAUUCUGUAGACUGAUCUGACAGAAUGGCCAAUAUUUGAUAUAAUUAAUACUCUCAUUAUUAUUACAGUUUAUGCAUCUUUAUUAGUUUUGACAGGCUCGAGGUAAGCAGUUAGCGAUAAAGCUGUUAUUAAGACAUUUAAUGAAAUCUAAUUUUCAGGCUGCACAAUUAAUCAAAAUAUCCAAAGCUCUGAUCAGUACUUGUUAUUGUAAAACGUAACAGAAAUAAGAGCAAUGAGAUGACAAUUCAAAACAAAGCAGAGAGUUUGGCCACACAUCAGUCUAGAUUACAACUGUUCAACCAGUUACAGUUUUGUUAACCAAACACUUUGUUGGACUGCAGUUCACUUCUAACACUCUGCACAGCUGUAACAGUUGCAUUCGAAAUGGGUUCAGUCAGUUUUGCCUUAUGCGAUUGUGACGGUUCAAACAGUGAAUGCCACAUUCUGUGUUAGCCUGCUGAAACCCUUUAUGACAUCUGCUGUCCUGUGUAGCGUUGCCUUUCCUGUCUAAUUGCACACACUGUACAUCACUGAAUACACUCUGCUGUCAGGGAGAAACUCUGCUCCCUGCUGCAUCACACACGCAACUGCACACACAGCCGUGUAUACACUAGUCCAUGUCCUUCAGUCAAUAUUUCACUCUGUUGCUGUGUCUUAAAUGACUCUUCCUCUGUGUAGUGAGCUACUUCGGUCACAUCAGGAUCAUAUCUGGCACAUAUAUGCCACAUUUUUUUCCUGAUUCUGCUGCUUGUGACAUCACAUAUAAACCUGAUCAGUGUAGUUCACUGUCUUGCAGAGGUCAUAGGUCAUGUUUCAAAGUUACUGAUAUAAUUAAAUGUAGUACUGUACUUUUACAACUGUAUGCAACCACCAGUGGCAUGUUAGUCAUGUAAUCUGUGUUCCGAGCUGGGAUCACAUGCCAGAGGGCCUAAUCAAAUACAGACUUUCCGUGUUGUACCAAAGUGAGUAUUUUCAACAGCAAAGCUGUGCUCCUUGUGUAUCUGUGGUGGGGUUCUUAUGAUCAGUGUAACCUUAAAUACCCCAGUGUAUGUCUGUGCGUGUGUGAUAUGUGUUUGCGCGCACACCUGUAAUUGUGAAAAAAUGUGUAUAAGGGUGUGUUUGUGCGUGCGUGUGCGAAUGUGACAGUGUGUUAUAACUGUCCCUCCCUGUCUCUCUGUCUGAUUGGGGUUUGGAUUUCUCUUGUAAUGCACUGCAUGAUGUUGCUGUUAUGAUUUGCACUUUAAUGAGUAUUUAUUGAAAAACAAUAAACAGACAUAUACAAGGAAA